CAAUUCUACAUUCGCCACUGAGAGGAGGAGGAGGAGAUCUGUGGCCGUCCGCCGUAUAAGAUAGUUUCAGGCACUAAUUAUGGAAUAUGGAGUCUUCUUCUUCUUCCUCUUCUUCUUGGGGCUGACCUGCGAUGCUUCAAACCCUAUUCUUCUCCAACCAUCCGUUGAUGAUAAUAACCAAGUCUGUGAGUUGUGUGAUAAGUAUCUUACCCUCGCCAUUGAGUACCUCCAAAAUGACGACAAUCAGAAUGCACUCGUUGAGGCCCUCCACGUGACCUGCUCCCAGAUUCCUCCUUUGCAAAAACAGUGUCUUUCCAUGGUAGAUCAUUAUACCCAACUUUUCUUCACUCGAGUCUCCCUUCUCAAGCCCCACCACAUCUGCAAAACCCUUGCCCUCUGUCAACCACCCCUUGCUAAUGCUUCCCAAGGCAACUGUCAGGCUUGCCGCGAUACUGUCUCUCUACUUGUCACCAAACUCAAGGAUCCUCAGACUAAGCUCAAGAUAAUUCGCUUGCUUCUCAAGGAAUGCAAGUCCCUCAACAAUUACCAGGACAAGUGCAAGAAGAUGGUAUUCGAGUACGGCCCACUGAUGCUUGCCGAUUUGGAAAAAUUUCUUGAAAAGAAAGAUGUCUGUUCUAUCCUUGGCGUCUGUCCACCUCCACCCACCAAUAGUUUCUAUGUUGUUCCUGCCCUGGCAGAUUCCUAAAUUUCACCACCCACUAUCCAUUGGGUGUUCACUAUCCAUUGAUGGGCUUCUGUGGUCCAGCCUCUUAAUGGGCAUUGUUUGGUGUUCAUUCCCGCAUUGUUUGAUUUACGUAAUGCUUUCUGUGAAGCCUAAAGUAAAGUAGGCUUGGUUGGCUUUUGUUUUUCUUUUCUUUAUUUAAAGUUUUUGCGUUGAUUUGUUUUAAAAAGAAAGGUAUUUAUAAUAUCCUUAUCUACGUUACAAACAUAAUAUGUUCAUUUCAUUGUGAGAGAAAAAGGAAUCAAGAGUAGAUUUUUGCUGAGUUCCGAAGUUU